AUGUCAAUCAAACUGGGACGCGGACGCCGGUUAAGGGCACGCGCACCGACAAGAAACAAUCAGGUCAGAAAGGCAGGAGAUAUGGAGGAGAGCGCGACCCGUACGACUAAAAGGAAAUGCAGCCACAAGAAAGACAGGGAAACCUUAUAUCCCUGGGUGAAACCAGUGCAAGGGGAGUCUUGUAAACUAAAGUGUUAUGUGACGUUUGCACAAGUCCAUUUUCCAUUUCACACGGAGGUGAAUUCGACGUCGCAAACAACGAGUCACAAACAACGGGUUGCUCAAAAGGAGGCUUCCCAGUCCAUGCAUUACGUUCCUGCUAAAACCCAAACAAGAUCCAAACGCAGAUAAGCUAUGGUCCAGAGACAGCUCCUGGUCCCUCUCCUCUUCCUCUCAUGUGUCCUGUGUGUCCUGGCAGGAAGUGUUGUCAUUCGUGAGAACUGUUUCCCCCGUCGGCUGCCUGUGAUCGUGUUCUCUGUCCCUGGUGAUGUGGCCAUGCUCAACAGCACACUGCUGUCCCCCAAUGUCUUCAACUACACUGCACUCCCCUAUAAUAUCUCUUGGUACGAUCCGCACAAUGGGACGGAGAUGGUAAACCAGACCGGUCGAUUCCUACUGCGGGGGGAGACGCUGUGGCACCUGAACAUCACGCUGGAGGACGCUGGGGACUAUGUGUGUGUUGUGAGAACCCCGACUGGUUGUUUCCGACAGGCCAUCCAACUGGUGGUGGACCCCCCUCUGGGGGGCGGCAUUUGUGGGCGACCCAAGAAUGCCCACCAGGUGCUGACCGGCAGGUCGCACGAUGCCCUGACCUGCCCCCUGGCCCACUACAUCAGCAAGCUGGACAGCUACGGGAUACCAUCCUCCAUCAGCUGGUACAAAGGCUGCUCCCUGAUAGAGGACGGGGCUGGCAGGUUCACCUACCGGCGCAUAGCCACACUGAAUGUGGAAAAGGUGACUCCUGACGACGCUGGCUCCUACACCUGCACCCUGACCUUUGACCUGGCAGGGGUCGCCGGCUCUGUCUCAGAGACCAUCAACGCAGAAGUCAUAGAUAAAUAUGCUCUUCUUCCUGAAGUCCACGCGCCAGCCAAUGAGAAGAUCAAGGCUAAGAUUGGCUUCAGCUUCAGUAAGUUGUGCAAGGUGUUUGUUCCCUGCGUGGGGAAACACAAUGUGUACGUAAAGUGGGUGGUCAACGACGACUUCAUCGAAGAGCAGGAAGACGACUUCAUCGGAGAGCAGGAAGACCGCGUGUACGUGAAGCCUAGGCAGUCUCAUAGGGUGGAGAUGCCCCGUCCAGGGAAUUGGGAGGAGCGUCUCCUCUGGAUCAAGGAGGUGCGGGAGGAGGACCUUUACGCCAAUUACACCUGCCUGGCCUAUAGCGCUCGUGGGAUUCCCCACGCAAGCUUCACCCUGCUGCCCGCUGACCCCGACCACCUGGUCCCCAUCGCGAUGUCUCUGGCCGGAGUAGCGCUGCUCUUCAUCUCCACCGCGGUCUUCUACUUUCUGUUCAAGUUGGACAUUGUGUUGUGCUUCAGGAGGGCCUUCCCUGUCUUCUACAGAAACACAGAGUCGGACGGGAAGCUGUUUGACGCGUAUGUGAUGUUCCCCCGGAAUGCUGGGAAGGCGUUGGAGUCGUUCGCCCUCCAGGCUCUGCCUCUCGUUCUAGAGAGACGCUGCGGACACAAACUGUUCAUCCCCGGGCGAGACUGUCUGCCUGGACAGGCCCUGGUAGACUCGUUGGAGGAGAACAUGAGGGCCAGCCGUCGCCUCAUCCUCAUCUACACUGCCUCCACCUUCACUGGUUGCCAUGACGCCAACGACGACUCUGGCGGUUGCGGCAGCGAGACGGUUACUGUGAAGAGCUCCAGCAACCGACCUCACCCCAGCAUCAACACCUACUCCAGUAUUUCCCAGGGUGAUGGGCACACCCUGCCUUCCCAGACCCCACCUGGACACAGCCUCCCUGGACCCAAGUCUGAAGGGCAACAGAGCUCUGAAUGUCAGCUGAGCUUUGAAUGUCAGCUGGUCAUGCACAAAGCACUGCUGGAGGAAUCCAUCAAGGUGCUGCUGGUGGAGAUGGAGGAGGUUGGGCCGGACCAGCUGGCACUCUUCCCUCCGUCGGUGCUCCACCUGCGGAAGAAGCAGGGGGUGCUGUGCUGGUGGAAGAGCCAGAGGAGGAGCAGGGUGGGCUGGAGGAGGUGCAGGGGAAGAGGUGAAGAGGAGGACGGAGGGGAGGAAGAAAAGGGCAGGCUGGACUCGGGGUUCGGAGCAGAGAAUCUCUCUCCGUCUCGGAGGUUCUGGAAGCAGGUGAGGUACCACAUGCCCGUCAGGGGGAAAAGAACCACCUACCCAGCGACCAUCUCGCUGCUGAGCCUGGGGGGCAGAGGGGUCAGGGGUCAGCCAGAGAAGAUGUGAAGGACCAAUGGGGAUUCAGUCCGGAGGUCGAUGCUCAUUGGCUCUUACAAAAACAACAGCAGAACGUAAGAACGCCUCUAGGUGGAUGCUUCGAAUGUGCCGAUGGUGGGGAGAGAGGAGGGAUAUCCGUUUCUAUUACGUGUUUAGAAAAUUGCUUUGUCAUUUUCAUUGCCAUAAAAACUCCAUACUUCUUCUUCUUCUUCUUCUUCUUCUUGUCCAUGGACUGUGUAAAAUCGGAUUAAGUUGGAGGAAUAAUGUGUAUUGUAUAUAUGUAUUAUAAAUGUGUAAAUGUGUAAAAUAAAAGUCUUUACAAAUCAUAA